AUGCGUGAACACCCUGCACAUUUUGCAUUGUUCUGGCGGCGGUUUGAAUCUCAAAAUUUUUGAAAGUUUUUCUCUAUUACCCCUUUUUUUAAAAUUAUAAUCAUAUUUCUCAACAAGGUUUUGUAGGAUUCUUAUGGAAGGACAAGUCGCAGAAUGGAGUUCAAGCCGGUUUACGGUCUGGCGACAUUCCGAUAGGUUUGUUAGAUCAAUAUUUCGAAUAAAAAAAGUUUUUUUAUUUAUAGAAAAGUUGGUUAUUGAAACUGAUGCGCCGUACAUGUAUCCUAAGAUCAACGACAAGAAAUUGCCAUCGGAAGUGAGGAAUAAGAUCACGGAACCAACAAAAGAACUUCACAAGGUUUUCUUUUUCAAAAUAUAUUUAUGGUAACUUUUUUAGUCCGCUUCGUUCACCCGGAAUGAGCCAUGUGCUCUGGCCGCUGUAUGUGAGCUGAUCGCGGCUUUUGCAGGUCGAGACCCCAAAGAAGUGAAUUUUGAGAAGAAUUAGAAGUAAUCUUAGUUGUAUUUCAGGUUUCACGGAUAACCACAGAAAACGCGAAGAAAAUAUACGGCUUGGCAUAA